AUGAAUUUGAUCUGUCCGAUGCAUUUAAUCCAGAUCUUGAUCCCAAAAAACCUGUUAUCCCACCCAAAGAGAGAGGAACUGGUGGUGGAACUUUUGAUGACAAAGACCUUUUCGACGUUAAUGAGGGGGGUGAAUACAUGCCCGAUAAAGGCCGAGGUGGAGGAGGAGGAGCAGACCCUGGUUAUGAUGAUCAAAGCGGCGGUUCCUCUGAUCAACCUCAAGGCGGAACCAUGGCUGCCAUCAUCAGUUCUGUGGGUGUUGCUCUGCUAGGUGCCGCCUCAAGUUACUUUGCCUAUCAGAAAAAGAAACUGUGUUUCAAAGUACAAGGAGGGGAGGAUCCAGAGAGUGGCAAAAACCGUGGUACUCAGUCUGAUCCACAAGUUCUCAGCAACCUGCUCCGUUCAUCGUAACCGCAAUUGGAUCUGCGCACUGAAAGAAUAUGUACAUCUAGCAUGUCCAGUUAUGGAGAGCCUAACCCUGUGGGAAACAUCCGUUAUAUGAAAGACUGGUUUAAGGCUAAAAAAAAAAAAAAAUGUGUGUUGAUUUUAUUUUUCAUUGGAUUCUCUAAGUUGUAAUGCAUUUUUUUUCUGUAUUCAAUAUUUUUCUUGACUAAUUGUUUAUCUUUGAAAGAGGUAGAAGUAAUGUCACUUUUGGUUUUUAUUGGUCUUUUAGUAUUUCAAGUGCUAAUGUAAGAUACUGCACUUUAAAUGGACAAAGUUGUUACUAUUUUUGUAGAAGUACAGCAAGUUGCAUAAGGGACUUGCUAUUGUAAAGCGCAAGCUGUCUGUUUACAGAUGAAUACAUCAGUUGUUUUUUUGUUCGUUCUAACAUGACAUGCGUAAUCUGAAUUAUAGACUGCCUUCUUUUACAAUCAGACAAUGGAUGGAUGGAUCAAGAUGAUGAUGAUGUAUGCUGAUGAAUAUCGAAUUGACUGGUGACAAAAUGUCAACUAAAAUAAAACUGACAUGGAAUGAGUUUAAAA